AUGUCUGAGAAUACCAACCAGGCUUAUCCUUUGGCCCCUGCAAAUGGUUACACAAGAAGUGAUGGAGAAUCUUUGGUAUCCGAAGAUGAGCUGAAACGCCAAAAAAGAAUGAAAUUGUUUUUGUACAUUGGUAUCUUCAUUGUCUUUCAAAUCAUAGUGAUGACUGUAUUUGGUCUUACUGUGAUGAAAGUGAAGACCCCUAAGGUAAGAUUGGGCCAAAUCAAUGUCAAAAGCUUCAACUCUGUUCCCACAACACCUUCAUUUGACACAACCUUUACCACCCAGAUAAGGGUGAAGAACACUAACUGGGGUCCUUACAAGUUUGAUGCAAGCACUGCAACAUUCAUGUACCAAGGUGUGGCAGUGGGGCAAGUAUCUAUUCCCAAGAGAAAGGCUGGAAUGCGUUCCACCAAGAAGAUCAGUGUCGCAGUGAGUUUGAAUACUGAUGGAAUUCCAAGUAGUUCUACCCUUGGUAGUGAAUUGAACAGCGAGAUCCUUACUCUGACCAGCCAAGCUAAAUUGACCGGAAAGGUAGAAUUGAUGCUCAUCAUGAAGAAGAAGAAGUCUGCCAAUAUGGACUGCACCAUAGCAUUUGAUCUUUCCACAAAGAUGGUUAAAAGCUUGCAAUGCAAGUGA